UUAGCAGUUUAUAUUUACUAAAAUAAUUGCAUUUCCAUGUUCUGUGUACUGUGGGAGACCGAAUAUAGUGAAUGCAGGGUCUGGAGAGACCAGAUAUAGUGAAUGCAGGGUCCGGGGAGAGCGGAUAUAGUGAAUGCAGGGUCUGGGGAGACCAGAUAUAGUGAAUGCAGGGUCCGGGGAGAUGAGCGGAUAUAGUGAAUGCAGGGUCCGGGGAGAGCGGAUAUAGUGAAUGUGGGGUCCGCGGAGAGUGGAUAUAGUGAAUGCGGGGUCCGCGGGAGAGCGGAUAUAGUGAAUGCGGGGUCCGGGGAGAGCGGAUAUAGUGAAUGCCAGGGUCCGGGGAGAGCGGAUAUAGUGAAUGCAGGGUCCAAGGAGACCAGUAAUAGUGAAUGCAGGGUCCGGGGAGAGCGGAUAUAGUGAAUGCAGGGUCCGGGGAGAGCGUAUAUAGUGAAUGCAGGGUCCGGGGAGAGCGGAUAUAGUGAAUGCAGGGUCCAAGGAGA